CCCCUUGCGUCUCCUCCACUCCUUCAGGACAGAGUCGGGGACCACUACGCCGUCGAGGGAAUGCGUCCGAAGAGUGGGGAGACACUCGUCUGCUCCAUUGUCGGAGCACACGCCCCAUCCCAUUUUCUGGUCUUUAUCUUGGUCGAGUACGCGAGCUAAUCAUAUGUGCGUGCGCCGAUGUGCGUGCAGUAUAUUCCUCCCGCUUCCGAGUCAUUCAAAAACGCGGAUAGGAUCGAAAGACUGGUCAAUCACAAGCCCGCACGACACCUGACCACACUCAACACUCAGACACUUCCAGAUUCAUGCGUUUGCGGGUGAACAACGGCAGCAGUCCUCUCCCAUCCCGAACCGGCGCAUCCCUCGAAGCGGUCAACAAACGGCACUGCUGUACACCGCUUCACUUGGCAGCGCAACGAGCGCAAUGGAAGGCGAUGCUAGCUCUGAUCGAGGCAGGAGCGAACGUCAACAGCCGUAUGUUGGAUGGAGCAACACUGAUGUUGAUUGCAUCCACUCAGGGAUACAAGGACGCCAUCCCGGUGCUCCUUCGAGCGAAAGCGGACCCGCAAUUGCAGCACAACACGUCGGGGAACCUCGUCGUCCCGUCGGACACUUCGGCCAUCCGCGGGGACUCGGACGCAGUCCGCGAGUUGAUCCGGCACGUUGGCAUCGAAGGCUGUGGCGGUCCAAGUAGAGGGAUUUGGGCUCAUGGCCUAGUCUACACGCCCAUGGAGAUCGCAAUGCGCAGGAUCCUUCGGAAAAAGGUCGAGGGAAAAGAAGAUAUUAACGACGAACAGCUGCGCAGCGUGGAGGCCAUCCGCCGCUUGCUGUUGCAAGUGGAAGCAAUUCGUGCGAUCGCUUGCUUGUGGCCUGGCAACAAUCCCUCCGUCGCUCACGCUGCUGCAGAGGGCACAGGCAGAACCUCCAGAGCUAGGCCUCGGUUGAUGUAAGCUCUUCUCAUGAGACGUACUUAGUCUAACCCCGUCGUCUGCUCCUGGCGCCCCUGUUGAGGCUAGACAAAGCAACAAUACUGCACAGUAGUAGCCCAUGUGUGCCGAGUGUCGAAAGGUGGUUUUGCCAAGCGCGUAGACUGAUCAUUGCUGAGGUUUUUCUCAUAAGAAACUCUGUGACGUGACUUCUAUUGCAUACUAGAAUACGAGUGGUAACAGAUGACCACACUGCGGUCGCCCCAGUGCUUCAAUUUGUAUCCUCUCCACGUUCGACCAAUAUUUUAUUGGAUGUG